CCGUCCUCUUUGAGCUCCUCAGCCCACACGGUCGGAACUCACCUGGGCUCCUGGCAGACUGUUUGCUUGUUUUCCCAACUGCUCUCCCUGAUCCUGUUGCAUUCCCUCUCUCGCAGAGCCCAAAAAGGAUGUGAACUUUGGAAUGGGGUCUGUGAGCAGGCUGUGGACUCAGUGCAUGUGUGAGACUGUUGCUGAAUAACAGGAGGACUGGGCAAUCGCUGCGGGCAGCCUUUCUGUCUGGCUGCAGGGCACCAGCCUUGCCUGGGCCCUUCACCAUGUUCCUCCUGCUCCCCUUUGACAGCCUGGUGGUUAAUCUCUUGGGCAUUUCCAUAACCGUGCUUUUCACUCUGCUUCUGGUUUUCAUCAUUGUGCCAGCAAUUUUUGGAGUCUCCUUUGGCAUCCGCAAGGUUUACAUGAAAACAUUAUUAAAGAUUUUUCAGUGGGCAACACUGAGAAUAGAGCGUGGUGCCAAGGAGAAGAACCAUCCCUUAUACAAGCCCUAUGCCAAUGGUAUCAUUGCAAAGGAGCCAACAUCACUGGAAGAGGAGAUCAAGGAGAUCCGCCGGAGUGGCAGUGGCAAAGCCCUGGACACCCCUGAGUUUGAGCUCUCAGAUAUCUUCUAUUUCUGCCGCAAAGGCAUCGAGACCAUCAUGGAUGAUGAAGUGACCAAGAGGUUCUCAGCUGAAGAGCUGGAGUCCUGGAACCUGCUCAGCAGGACCAACUACAACUUCCACUAUAUCAGCCUGCGCCUCACCGUACUCUGGGGACUGGGUGUGCUCAUCCGCUACUGCUUCCUUCUGCCCCUCAGGAUAGCCCUGGCGUUUACUGGCAUCAGCUUGUUGGUGACUGGUACUACAGUGGUGGGAUAUUUACCAAAUGGCAGGUGUAAGGAGUUCCUGAGCAAGCACGUCCACCUGAUGUGUUACCGGAUCUGUGUGCGUGCCCUCACAGCCAUCAUCACCUACCACGACCGAGAAAACAGACCCCGAAAUGGAGGCAUCUGUGUGGCCAAUCACACGUCUCCCAUUGACGUGAUCAUCCUGGCCAGUGACGGCUACUACGCGAUGGUGGGUCAGAUCCACGGAGGGCUCAUGGGUGUGAUACAGAGAGCCAUGGUGAAAGCUUGCCCCCACGUCUGGUUUGAACGCUCUGAGGUCAAAGAUCGUCACCUCGUCGCCAAAAGGCUCACAGAGCAUGUCCAGGACAAGAGCAAACUGCCUAUUCUUAUCUUUCCGGAAGGAACCUGCAUCAACAACACGUCUGUGAUGAUGUUCAAAAAGGGGAGCUUUGAAAUUGGAGCCACAGUUUACCCUGUAGCCAUCAAGUAUGACCCGCAGUUUGGAGAUGCCUUUUGGAACAGCAGCAAGUAUGGCAUGGUAACCUACCUCCUCAGGAUGAUGACUAGCUGGGCCAUUGUCUGCAGUGUAUGGUACUUGCCCCCAAUGACCAGGAAGCCCGAAGAGGACGCUGUCCAGUUUGCCAAUCGAGUGAAGUCAGCCAUUGCCAGGCAGGGGGGCCUUGUGGAUCUGCUCUGGGAUGGAGGACUGAAGAGGGAGAAGGUGAAGGACACAUUCAAGGAGGAGCAACAGAAACUCUACAGCAAAAUGAUUGUAGGCAACCAUGAAGACCGGAGCCGCUCCUGAGCCCUCUGCCUCCAGCACUGUUACUGGGCCUGGCCAGAGCCCUCGGCCUCCAGCACGAGCCAGGCCUUGUCUGAAGCAGCUCCGAAUCUUUGGACUUUGGCUACUCCAGAGCUGCUUGGACUUGCUCCUUCAUCCUCUGGCUGUUCUUCCCCGGAGGCACGAUUACUGCCUAGAGUCUUUAGGCCCUGGGCAGCUCUUGGCAAAGAUGCCUUCUUGUUACUGUUACAGUGAAGCCCCUCGCAGGGGCAGUAUUAAAUGAAACACUUAUGGUGUC